AUGCUUCGCUGGAAGAAAGUUCUGUUCAUCCUUGAUGAUGUAAACCAUCAAGAACAGUGGGAAUUUUUAGUUGGAGGGUCAAAGUGGUUUGGUAGGGGUAGCAGAAUUAUUUUAACGGCAAGAAACAAGCACCUGUUAAUCAGUCACGUUGGGGAUAACGUGUAUGAAGUCCAACUAUUAUCGGAGGAUGAAGCACUUGAAUUGUUCAGUAGUCAUGCUUUUAGAGAAAAAUCACCAAAAGAAGAUUUUAUGGAACUUUCAAGACAAGUGGUGCACCAUGCUGGUGGACUCCCUUCAGCUCUUAAAGUUUUGGGUUCUUCAUUUUACGGACGAGACAAAAAGCACUGGAGACACGUAAUUGAUCGGCAGAAGAGAAUCCCUCACAAGGAUAUUUUCGGAAAGCUUAGGCUUAGUUUUGAUUGUCUGGACAAAGAUGAGAAGGAAUCAUUUUUAGAAAUUGAGCAACUUGAAGCAUUUGGAUCUCAUGGACAGCUGUGA